UUUUAAUGUUCUUAAAUGAAUCAGCAGCAGUAGUAACCGGAACUUGCAGUUCUUAACACUGAAUAUGAAGGUUCUCUUUGUGUGCAUUGGCAACACCUGCCGCUCUCCCAUGGCCGCGGCCAUUCUAAGCCAUUUAAUUUUGAAGGAAAAUCUUCAGGACUGGCAUGUGGACAGUGCUGGGCUCAGGGAUUGGAAUGUGGGAGUUGAACCAAACCCACGAACCCAGAACAUAUUAAAGCAGCAUGGUCUUAAAACUAAGCACUUGGGUCGUUUGAUAACACCACAGGACUUUAUGGUCUUUGAUUACAUCCUGGCUAUGGACACCAGUAACUUGAUAGAACUUCAAGAAAUGGCUUCCGCGCUGGAGGUUCCACCCAAGAGCAAGAUUCAACUCUUGGGCAGCUACAUAGGUCGCAAAGAGGACGAAAUUAUCCAGGAUCCAUAUUUUAGUCAAGGCAUGGGAGGCUUCCAUACGGCCUAUCUACAAAUCCUGGAGAGCUGCGAAAAAUUCUUAAGACAACAAACUACUUUCAACGACAAAGAAUAAAACCUUUUCUAGAUAAACAAUUACUACAUUUUAAA